AUGGCGAGAGCCACAUGCAGGGAGGUGGCCCAGGUCUGCCUGUUCCUGAUCUCCAGGCAGAUGGAGGAUGGUAGCUGGGGAGAGGACUUAGAGUCCUGCGAGCAGCACAGAUACGUGCAGAGCUCCACCUCCCAGAUCCACAACACCUGCUGGGCACUGCCAGGGCUCAUGGCCGUCAGNUACCCGGACGUUGGGGUGCUGGAAAAGGGGAUCAAGGUUUUGAUUGACAAGCAGCUGCCCAAUGGGGACUGGCCUCAGCGGGGGGAGAUGCAGGCCGAUGGCUCAAGGGGUUUUGCUGGGAGCUGUCCAUGAGGGGAAUCGCUGGCUGAGGAUGGCUCCGUGGAAGAGCUGAGCUUUGCAUUUCGUUCCGUCAUGUGGCAGUGAGUUCCACAGUCCGGCCCAGUUCCAGGGAGAACUCUGCCUCCUGUAUUGAAAAGCCUCCCUGUCUGGGUGAGCUGCUGGACUGCAGCUGUCAGGAGAAGUCGUGGUCGCAGGAGAAGGGACGAUCUCCCUGGUGGAGAAGGUUUGAACAGCAGCUGGAGCCCUUGCCCGGGACUCUGAGAGGGGAGCCGGAGCAGGGAGCGGGUACUGGGGUGAUCUGUGCGGCAUGUUGAACCAGCCGGAGCUGUUCAGGACCUGUCGGUCCACCCCUAGCUGCACUGAGCCUUAGAUCUCACAGAGAGGUGGGGGGGCCGGGAUACACUCUGGGUGAGGCCGGCUUCUGAUCAGUUCAGGCUGAGGCGAUGAGGUGAGGGGGCUUUCGCUGUCAUGGUUACUUGGGGAUCCAGGCGCCAUGCAGGGCCCAAAGCAGCCCAAGGCUGCAGAGCGGUGAAAUGCUCCGGGAGCAGACGCCCUCGGCAGUGGGAGCGUUCCAGAUGAGGCAGGGUCUCUGGCUGACCUCCCUCCUCUCCCCACCACGCUGCCCCCGGGCUCCGCUUUGCCAGCUGCCUGUCAUCUCCCUGCUGUUCACGCUGGCAAACUAAAGAGCGCCCCAAGCCAACCCUGUGUGCCCUGCCUUCCCCUGCCAGUGCUCACCCUCUGCGCCAUUGCGGGGUUUGCUGCUUUGUGCACAUGGAAGUAGCCUGUCAAAUCCCUGGACACGGAUCCGUUUUGCGUCCCAGCAGCUCACCGUCCCGCAGGGCGCCCUGGAUGCAGGGACUAUGGGCAGGACGAGGCUUCUUCUAUAUAUCUCUGGGGUAUUUCCCCUUGGCUCGGGCCGCG